AAAAAACACGUAUGCAACACUUGCCACAAAAGAUUCAACCGCCCGAGUAGCCUCCGUAUCCACAUGAAUACCCACACAGGUGCCACUCCGUUUCGAUGCCCGUAUCCUAAUUGCGGUCGAGAGUUUAAUGUCAACUCGAAUAUGCGCAGGCACUACAGGAACCACACG